AUGGAAACAAAUAGUUUAAAAGAUACACUGAAUAGCCAAUUGCCAUUUGAAAUAUUAGAAUUACCCCAUUCUAGUAAUGAGGAAUCAGAAAAAUUUAUAAAAAACUUAUUGAUUAAAACUUUACCGAGUUCAGAUGUAAAAAAUCUUACUGGUGAUUUGAAAUGGAAGUUUCUUUUAGACAAGCUUUCCAUACAGAAGACAAAAACAGGAUAUAAGAAGAAAAAAACUUUCCUUACCAGAAAGCAAAGGCAAAGUUUGGAUUUAUUAAAAUUGCCAAAAGAAGGUUGGAACUAUAAACAGCUAGAAAAUUUAAGACAUAUGUGGAGGGGCUACAUGAAAGAAAAUUUAGAUUUGGUAAAUAAAGCUCCUACUUGCACAGACCCAGAUUGGUUACCAUUUAGUACAGUAAUUGCUAAAUCUGAACUAAUAGGAGCAGAGUUAACUGUUGUUAGUUCAAAAGUACCUAGUUUAAUAAGAAUUCGUGGCACCGUAGUUCUAGAGACCAAGAUGACUUUUCAGGUCGUUACUCCUGAUUCAAAGUUAAAAUGUUUAAUUAAAGAUGAAUCUGUCUUCGAAUUUCAUUUAGGUAAUAUGAGGUUUACAGUUUUCGGCAAGUACUUAAGUACCAAACCUAGUGAGAGAAGUGUUAAAAAAAUAAAAACGUUAAUGAUUCCUGAUCUUUGA